AUCAUUAUAACAAUGUCAUCAACAACCACCAUCAAAGCUUCUUACACUGUCAUCCCCGCCGAGCCUACUCCAAACACUAACCUAUGGUUAUCUCCGAGUGACCAAGUCACGCGUUGGACUCACAUGUCUGCUAUCUAUGUUUACAAAGAAUCCCCCAACCACGACGCCAUGGACACCAUGAGAGAUUCUCUCAGCAACAUUCUCGUCCAUUACUACCCCCUCGCCGGAAGGCUUAGCUGGAUCGAAGGUCACCGUCUUACACUCAAUUGCAACGCCAAGGGUGCCACAUUGCUCGAAGCCGAAUCAACGAAAACACUCUCUUCAUACGGAGACUUCGCGCCGAGUGACACCAUAAAAAAUGACCUAACUCCCACCUGUUGGGCCGGCCCUGCCGUUGAUUACACUCAACCCAUAGAGGACCUCCCUCUAUUGCUAGUGCAAGUGACAAGGUUCAAAGGAACCAAGCAGGGACUUGUCAUAGGGAUUUCUAUUAACCAUGUUUUAUGUGAUGGUCUUGCCGCUAUUCGUUUCAUCAACUCUUGGGCCAAGCUUUGUAAAGGGGACGCGUUAGAUCACAGUGAGAUGUUCCCCUUUCUUGACCGAACGAUAAUGAACUCCUCCACAUGCCCGCGCUUUGACCACCCUGAGUUGAAGCCGCUCUCGCUCUUGCUAGGAAGCACGAACAAUGCGGAAGAAAGGAAAUACGAGAGAGCCGCUACGGUGCUGAAACUGACAAAGGUGCAAGUGGCCAAACUGAAGGAAAAAACCAAUAACGAUGGCAUGAAACAACAAGAAGGGUCGUCAGGAGUACCUUACAGCACGUUUGAGGUUGUUUUCGCGCAUGUGUGGAAAUGUCUGACCAAGGCGCGUGGGCUUGAUAAUGUUCAACCGAUGGUGGUUAGGGUGAUUGCAGAUAUUCGUAACAAGCUGAACCCGCCUCUUCCUAUGAACUAUUUUGGGAACGCGCUGGCCGUGGCGUUGACUCCAACAUGUAUCGCAAAGGAUGUUUUGUCGAACCCGCUGAGGUACGGUGCGAGGAAGAUACGAGAAGCGGUGGAUUUGCUUAAGGAUGAUUAUGUGAGGUCGCAACUAGAUUACAUUCGGUGUCAGAAACAAUUGGAUUCUAUUCGGGCUUCAAAUUUUGAACAUGAGAAGCAUAACAACACAUCGUUUUAUGGGAACCCGAACCUUAUGAUUGUGAGUUGGAUGAGCAUGCCGGUGUACGAAGCAAAUUUCGGGUGGGGAAAGCCUGUGCAUUUCGGUUAUGGACCUGUGUUUCCUCAUGAUAUUGCGUAUAUUAUUCGGAGCUCUGAUGAGGAUGGGUCACUUGUCGUAUCCGUGCACUUGCAGAUAAGGCACAUGGAGCUUUUCAAGAAGUUCUUCUACCAAGAUACUUUGAGUCCGCUUGUUUCCUUGUUAGCUGCCCUCUAAACCCAAGUUAAUAUUAGAGCAACUCCAACGCUGGUUUCUUAGCCCAGCUGGAGUUGCUAAGGAACCAAGUUAGAGUUUCUUAUGCAUUGGAGCUUGGUUUCUUAAUGGUUUCUUAAUUCAUGAACAGUGUCCACGGUUCCUUCUGUAAGGAACUUUGCUUUUUGGUUUCUUAAUUAAAAUACAAUAUUUUCUCUCACAUAUUCACCAACAGCUUUCAGAGCGAAAUUAACAGAAAGGAUGAAAUUGAAGAUUUGAGGUUCAACAGAUUCAACAGAGACAUACACACAGAGCAUCAAGAUAAAAAAUUUAUUGAAAAAAAAAUCAAACUUUACAUUCAAAAAUCAAAUAAAAAAAAUUUGCAGCUCUCCGAUUCAGUUGUGGAAGCUCUGAUCUUAAAGGAAGCUCUUUGCAUGUGUGAAAAGGAAGCUCCUUUGCAAGCUUCAAGGCUUUGAGCAUAUGAAACAGGGGUUGUUGGGGGCGUACCGUGGCUGUAUGGUGGCGGUAGUGGUUGUUUGGUGGCGGUGGUGGUUGUUUGGUGACCGGUUUGGGCUUUAGAGGCGUGAAACACCAGAGAGAGGGAGAAGAAGUGAGGGAGAGAGGCAGAGGAAGAAGCUUCUGGAUGCAGGUGAGGGAGAAGAGAGGAAGAAGAAGAGAGAAGAGGGAGGAGGGAUGCGGCUAGGGUUUGAUGAAUGAGGGAGAGAGAGAAAAAGUUGAAUAUAUAGGUGGUGACCGGCUGAACAGGUCAUCCAACCGUUAAUGACCGGUCUAGACCGGUUAUGACUUGGUUUGGACUUGGUUUGACCGGCCUGGCCGGUUUUUUCUCUUUGGACUUUUUUUUUUGAAAUCAACUUUGGAUUACUUUGAUAAGCCCAAUUUUAUUUGAACUUUCAGCCCAAACAUUAAUAUUUAAUUAUAGUAUUAAGGAAAUUAAAAGAAAAUAAUUAAAUUUAAUUAUAUUAUUGAUUUAAUAUUAAAUUUUAAAUCUAAAUUGAAUGAAAAUAAAUAUUAUAAAUUAAUGUUGU